AUGGCACGAAGAUAUGAUACACGAACUACAAUCUUCUCACCUGAAGGGCGACUUUAUCAGGUUGAGUAUGCAAUGGAAGCAAUUUCCCAAGCUGGUACUGCAUUAGGUAUUCUUGCCAAAGACGGUAUUGUUAUUGUAGCUGAAAAGAAGGUUACCUCGAAAUUAUUGGAAUCAACAACUACUAGCGAAAAGGUUUAUUUGUUGAACGAUAAUGUUAUAUGUGGAGUUGCAGGCAUGACAGCUGAUGCCAACAUUCUCAUAAACUAUUCACGUCAAGUGGCUCAGCAAUAUCUGCUCUCAUACGGUGAAGAUAUUCCAGUUGAGCAGCUUGUACAAAGAUUAUGCGAUCUUAAACAAGGAUAUACCCAAUACGGAGGUCUUCGUCCAUACGGUGUAUCAUUUAUUUACGCUGGUUACGAUUCGCACCACCAAUUUCAACUUUAUCACUCAGAUCCAUCCGGUAAUUAUGGUGGAUGGAAAGCAACGUGUAUUGGCGCGAAUAAUGCUUCCGCCCAAUCGCUAUUAAAGCAAGAUUACAAGGAUGAGAUUACGCUUCAUGAGUCUAAACUAUUGGCGCUUAAAGUGUUAAGUAAAACUAUGGAUACUACAACAUUGACCAGCGAUAAAUUGGAAUUCGCGACACUUCAUUUGAAUGCGGAGGGAAAAGUUGUGCAUCAGUUUUAUAAAUCUGAAGAAAUUGAUGUGCUUAUAAAAGAACACAAUGAAAAAAAGAGCAACGAGGAGGAUUGA